AAGCUUAAUUUAAGAUCGUUUUGAUUUUUGUUUUCUCUCUCUCUCACUCUCACUCUCUCAAACAAAACAAUUUCUCUUGAAUCAAACACUGACCAGGAUCUUCUACAGUUUUUUUUUUGUUGAUAUAAUUCUGUGCAGUUUCAGAAGAACUGCACAGAGGAAACGACGACGUAUUGAUGGCGUCGAUGGAGAGAUUAUUGAUGGCUAUUGAGAAUCAGAGUCCAGGAGGACAAUCAUUGUUAGGUUCAAUCAAAAUUGCGGUUUUGCCAAUAGUUAAAGUUUUCACUAUGUGUUCAUUAGGUCUUCUUAUGGCUUCUAAGUAUGUUAAUAUUUUACCUGCUUCUGGAAGAAGGCUUUUGAAUGGUUUGGUUUUUUCACUUUUGCUACCUUGUUUGAUAUUCUCUCAGUUAGGACAAGCUGUUACUUUGGAAAAGAUGCUUGACUGGUGGUUUAUUCCUGUGAAUGUUGUUUUGAGUUCAAUAGUAGGAUCAAUCAUUGGUUUUAUUGUUGCCUCUAUUGUUCGCCCACCAUACCCUUUCUUCAAGUUCACAAUUAUUCAUAUUGGAAUUGGGAAUAUUGGGAAUGUGCCCCUUGUCCUGAUUGGUGCUUUAUGUCGAGACCAAAACAAUCCCUUCGGAGACUCACUUAAAUGUAGCACGGAUGGAACUGCUUAUAUAUCAUUUGGCCAAUGGGUUGGUGCUAUCAUCCUUUACACCUAUGUAUUUAAUAUGUUGGCACCUCCUCCAGAGGGAACUUUUGACAUUGAUCAUGAAAGGCUUCCUCUAAAGAGUUCUACAAAGGUUGAUGGUUCAACGGAACAAGCUCCACUGCUUGCUCGGGAGGAGGGGGAGGAGGAGGACAAUUUAGUAGUUUCAAGUGCUUCAGGGAAGUCAAAGAUUAAACUUCUACUAGCAUUCUUAUAUGAUAAGUUGAAGCUUAAGCAAAUUCUUCAACCCCCUAUCAUUGCAUCGAUUCUAGCCAUGACACUUGGUGCAGUUCCGUUUCUGAAGAAACUGAUCUUUACGCCCGAAGCUCCUCUGUUCUUCUUCACUGACAGUUGCAUGAUUCUUGGGGAGGCCAUGAUUCCUUGCAUUCUGUUGGCAUUGGGAGGCAACCUUAUCGAUGGACCUGGAAGUUCAAAACUUGGUUUUCGAACAACUGCUGCUAUUGUUUUCGCGCGGUUAGUUUUAGUACCUCCUGUUGGACUCGGCAUCGUGACGUUGGCUGACAAGCUCGGUUUUCUUCCUGCGGAUGAUAAGAUGUUUCGAUUUGUCCUACUACUUCAGCAUUCAAUGCCAACAUCUGUCCUUUCAGGUGCUGUUGCUAACUUAAGAGGGUGUGGAAGGGAAGCAGCUGCUGUCUUAUUCUGGGUACAUAUCUUUGCUGUAAUAUCAAUGGCUGGAUGGAUUGUUCUAUACCUCAGCAUACUCUUCUGAGACUGCAUAUAGAUUAAUAGAUAUCAUGUUGAUGCAAUAAUGUUGAUAUGUAUCAUUCAUUUUUUCACUUUGAAAUUUAGAUUAGUGGAGAAACACCAAUAUCUGAUAUAGUGUAACUAUCUGUUUUUCUUGAUUUCUGCUGUCUACUCAUUAGAGAUGAUCUACAUUGUUUAAACAAUUUUUAUCUUACAAAGCCAAUUUUUUAAGAUUCAA